AUGGUGGACGUGUCGCGCGUGCAGAAGGAGCUGACGGAGUGCAACCGGGACUCGGACAUCUCCGGCGUCUCCAUCGCGCUCCACGACGGCGGCUCCAGCAUCACCCACCUCACCGGCACCAUCGCCGGGCCCCGCGACAGCCCCUACGAGGGCGGCACCUUCCGCAUCGACAUCCGCCUGCCAGGUGGCUACCCCUUUGAGCCUCCUAAGAUGCAGUUCAUCACCAAAGUAUGGCACCCGAAUAUUAGCAGCCAAAAUGGAGCAAUUUGCUUGGACAUACUGAAAGAUCAGUGGAGCCCAGCCCUUACCUUGAAGACAGCAUUGCUAUCCCUUCAAGCUCUUCUUUCUGCUCCUGCCCCUGAUGAUCCUCAGGAUGCUGUUGUUGCACAACAGUAUCUGCGUGACAAGGCCACAUUUGUCAGUACUGCUCGCUAUUGGACCGAGGCAUUUGCAAAGAGUGACUCCACCGGCAUGGAAGAAAAGGUGCAGAAGCUGGUCGAGAUGGGCUUCCCCGAGGAUAUGGUGAGAAGCGCCCUGAUGAGUGUUAACGGCGACGAGAACAUGGCUCUCGAGAAGCUCUGCUCUGGCUGA